UCGCUAUAAGUGGUAUUUUCGUCACUACUGGCUCUCCUGUGCCAUAUUUUGACUAUACAUCACCCGUUCCUCAUUGUCUGCUCUUUAUAUCGCUCAUGCUCGCCAUGAUCGCACUGUUGAUAUCCGACUGGCCUAAGUAUGAUCAGCAAUUUAAGCCAGGCAGCUACUUCGUGUUGUCCUACCUGUUGUCAAUAGUCACCCCCAUAUUCUUUGUCGCUUGGUCCCUACAUUGUUUCAUAUUUGCGAUGUUGAUAGCCUCUCAAAGCAUGAUCUGCCAUGUCGUCACUGCGCUCUGGAUGGUCACAUACAUUGAGACAAUAUUGAUGGAAACUGCGUGGAAGUAUGCGACAAGCCUCAACCACGCUAGAUGUCGCCAGUAGUGUGACGCUCAUGUAGAGUACGACCAAUAUAUCAAAAAUCACAAUGCAUUCAUACAUGGUUGUACAUUCCCG